AUGGCAGAGAUAGAAGAGAUAAGGAAGCAAUUUGCGGAUCUCCAGAAAACAGUUACAGCUCAGACGGCUAGGCUGGGGGAACAAUCGGCACUUCUUGAUCAGGCCAGACAAGAUCAGAGGGAGGCUCUGUCAAUGGCAAAGAUCCUCGCAUCCUUGUAUAUUCCAAGAGAGAGGUUGCCAGCCCAAGGACACCUACUUCACAUUGCCCGGUCCUUCACUCAAGCUCGACAAGGAGACAACUGCCAUGGGUGGCACAUCUGCCGCAAGAGUUCGACAGAGGAGGAGUUGGAGAAAGCUAAGGAACUAGUUAUCAAGAGUGUGCAACAUGAGUGCUACUCGGAAGAGCUAACGUGCAUCGAAACAUCACUCAACCUUCCUCUCUCCAGCGGUCUGCGGAAGCUGCACCCUUUCCUUGACAGCACUGGAAUCCUCAGAGUUGGAGGUCGCAUCACACAGGCAAAGUUAAGCACAGAUGAAACCAACCCCAUCAUCGUUCCAGGUCGCCACGAUCUGGGAACCCUCAUUGUGCGUCAUCACCACCAGGCCGUGAAACAUCAAGGCAGGCAUUUUACUGAGGGUGCCAUCAGAGCGUCUGGAAUAUGGCUGGUUGGAGCUAAACGAAGCAUCAGUGGUCUGCUCUUCAAAUGUGUGACCUGCAGGAGGCUCCGCGGGAAAACAGAGCACCAACAGAUGUCAGACCUGUCAGCCGAGCGACUACAGGUGGCACCACCUUUUUCCGAUGUGGGAGUCGAUGUUUUCGGGCCUUGGGAGGUGCUUUCCCGCCGCACCAGAGGAGGGCAUGCCAACAGUAAACGUUGGGCUGUGUUUUUCUCGUGUAUGUGCACACGAGCCGUGCACAUCGAGAUCAUCGAAACUAUGAGUGCGAGCAGCUUCAUUAAUGCACUCAGAAGGUUUUUCGCUAUCAGAGGACCUGCAAAGCAACUACGCUCAGACUGCGGCACCAACUUCGUGGGUGCCUGCCGAGAGCUGGAAAUGGAUGGGUCCCACUCCGACCCGCAGAGCGUGGAGAAGUAUCUGGAGACGCAGAAAUGUACCUGGGUAUUUAACCCACCUCACUCGUCUCAUAUGGGCGGUGUGUGGAAGCGGAUAGUCGGAGUUUCACGUUGCAUCCUGGACUCUAUGCUUCUUGAAGAGAAGUCAUCUGUGUUAUGAUCUGUGAUCUGUGUAACCUGUGCUCUCUCUCCACAGGCUGACCCGGGGCUGCCGUGUGACGCCGCAGACGCAACUUCCGGGUAGCCGGCUUGGUUUGGUUUGUUUGGUUUGGUUAGCAGGACGCUUAGCGUCGACCUGCUAUCUCGGUUUGUAUCUACUUUUCGGUAUUUAUAUCUGUGACCUGUUCUGCAUACUCUGUAUUGUUUUCGCUGCUUCCUCGCUGGAGCUCCGUCUGCAUCAACCACGAUACGCUUGGCUUCAAACAGCUCGUCCAGCAACCAACUCACAUCGGUGGAAACACGUUGGAUCUCGUUCUGACCCGCGGUGUUGACAUUU